AUGCCUAGCGCACAACAUCCACAGGCAAAAUUUGAUCCGAUACCUCCAGAUCUGGACCUUCACUCUCUGGUAGACCGCACACCGAAUUUCCGAUGGGUUCAGCGGGUGUCUCGAUCCCAAAUCAACAGUCUUGGCCAGCAUGAUUUCGAGAAGCUUGUAGCGAUACAUGUCAUAGCUGGCGGGAAACCCCUUGUUAUUGAGGGCUGGGAUGAUGCUCUGCCUUCCUCGCUAUUUAGCGCAGGAUGGCUUGAGAAUGUCUAUGAUAAAAAACAGGAGAAUGUUCGCGAUAUUUCCAACGGCGUUGACAUCCCGAUGACCACUGGACACUAUCUACGCUCCAUGAAACAGCUCACCAAUCAGUGGACUCCAAACACGUAUCGCGACGAGCGCCGACAGCGAUUAUAUCUCAAGGAUAUUGACUGUCCUCCGGAAUGGCGCGAUAUGCUACGGAAAAUUAUUCAUCCUAAUCUCUUUUAUCUCAACGAAAAUCUUACAAGUAAAGGAGACAUACGCAUGCGCGAUGGGGAAAUUUUUGAGAGCGAAACUACCGCUGCCUCUGCUGGAGAUCUUAUGUCUAGCCUACCAGAAGAAAUGCGAGCCCAAAAUCUCAUGUGCUACAUAGGCCAUGAAGGAACCUACACGCCCGCCCAUCGGGAGAUGUGCGCAUCGCUGGGACAGAACAUCAUGGUUGAGGCAUCACGAGAUGAAAAUGGAGAAAAGAAGGGGACUUCAAUUUGGUUCAUGACUGAAAGCAAAGAUCGUGAAGUGGUCCGAGAGUAUUUUUUGUCGAUGCUUGGCCAUGAUAUCGAGAUUGAGAAGCAUUUCGCGCAAAUCAACGCGUGGAAGAAGGCCCCCUUUGAUGUAUACAUUGUGGAGCAAUGCGUCGGCGAUUUUAUACUUAUUCCACCUCUCGCUGCGCAUCAAGUUUGGAACAGAGGGACCAGAACGAUGAAGGUUGCUUGGAAUCGCACAACAGUGGAGACCUUAGACCUCGCACUACAUGAAGCUCUUCCCAAGGCUCGCUUGGUGUGCCGAGAUGAACAGUACAAGAAUAAAGCUAUCAUUUACUAUACCCUUCAAAAAUACCACGCAGAGCUCCGAAAAAUUGAAAAGAAGUCAGAGAUUAUGCAGAUUGGCUUCGGGGGCUUCGGGCGAGAUAUCUUCAGAAGCUCUCCGCGCACGAAGCAGCUAGCGGCUGACUUCAGGAAACUGUUUCAGCUAUUUACCGAAAUCAUUCUUGAUGAAGUCUUUGCAUUCAAGGAGAAAGAUGUCGAAUUCCUACCGUUUGACUCCUGCGUUACCUGCUCUUACUGCAGAUCUAACAUUUUCAAUCGGUUUCUCACCUGUAAACACUGUAUCAGAUUCUUGCCUAAUGGAGAAGAGGAUGCAUACGAUGUUUGCAUGGAGUGCUAUGCAAUGGGUCGGUCAUGCGUCUGCCUCUCUGGCCUUCAAUGGUGUGAGCAAUGGUCAUGGUCGGAGUUGGCUGAUAACUACGAGACUUGGAAAGCAACUGUUAUCGCAAUUGAUGGCCACGUGGAUUUGGAAAACUCUCCACAGCCACUCGAGAUAGCUAGACAGAGGGUAGGAAAGAAAUCGCUCGCUCAGAUCUGUCAGGAAGCAUUACAGCGACGCCCUUGGAAGGACAUUACAAAACCAGACCGCGAAAAGACACCCAGCGACUCUGAGCAAGGCGAGGGCGAUGAUAAGCCGAGUAAGAAACCAAAAAGAAAAAAGAAGAGGGGUGAAGUCCACCGUUGCCAUGUUUGUUGCCACCCGGAUUAUAGCUAUCGAAUACAUUUGUGCACGAAUCCUGGCUGUGCUGAAGGAUACUGCUACGGCGUCCUAUAUCGGGCUUUCGAUCUCAUGCCACAGACCGUUAUGGAAGAUGAGCAUUGGCAAUGCCCUAAAUGCUUAGGGAUAUGCAAUUGCGGCCAUUGCCGCCGUGCAGGCAUUACACGGCCAUACAUGCCAAAGAACACAUCUCUCGGACAUGACACUCGACGAAUUGCAGACGAUCGAAGUGUAGAAGCACUUGUUGAUUUUCGAAUUCACAACUUGUCUUGGUUGAAAGCUGCGGGAGAAGAAAGUCGUAGCAAGGACAGUAAGAGAAUGCAGCGGCUGCGGGAGCAAGCGGACAACGCCAAAGCGCAAGAUGCUCUGCAGCAAUCUCAUGCAGAGCCUAAGAUGCAAUCUAGUGCUGUUUUCACUGCCAACCUAGGAGAAUCUUCCAUGAUAAACGGGUAUGGAGAUCAGAGUCAAGUGCUUGGUCACGAUAGGGGAAGUGUAUCCAACCUGACGUUUGACGUCUCCGACAGACACCCCAGUAAGGCCGACAUCGCGCCACAAGAUGUUGCAGUCCCAGCCUCAGUCGAUGCUCGAGAGCAAAGAAGUGGCGAUUCAUCACAUUAUCCUGAUCCAUCAGUUUUCACACGCCAGCGAAUAGGAAUGGGGUACUACGAACAAGACGAUACACCGGAUAAAAUACUUUUUGACCCAUACCAGGCGCCUUCCACCGAGUCAAUUAAGGCUGACGAAUCUACUGUCCCAGAAUUUGUUAAAAAAACCAUUCGGGCAGCUAAGAGAAAAGCUAAACGGGAGAAUGACGAUCCCGAUUUCAUUAUUCCUAAAAGCCACACGAAAAAACCAAGGCUUACAACGGAGCCAUCAGAUUUCCUUGAUAACAUGGACCCAGCUUUAUUUACCGAAGAAACUUUGCCAGCAGUACAUAAUCAAACAACUGCGCUUGCUCCUAUGGAUAGGGAAGUUUCUGUAGGGACGUCUCGAGGAGAGCCCAGCCACAAUGCAUCGAAGAUACUCGUUGCUCCGGCUGAUACUAAUGAGCCAAGUCUUCGACAUGCCAAGCCACGGGCGUCGUAUGUUGAGAUCGAUGACCUGGAUAUCGACGAAGUAGAAGAAGCUGAAGCAGCGCCUCGGGCUUCUCCAACCCUAACAGCGAGCUCGAUGAAAGCUCAGGAUUCAGCAGUCGAUAAAGCCCAUAAAGAUAUACCCGCGAACAGAGGAGGACAAGGACGGAGUAGUGCUGAAGAACAACGUCCGAGUAGAGUAACGCAAGAGGCGGUCUGGGAUGUUGUUCCAAAACGUCGAGGUCGACCACCAAGAAAGUUGCCAAGAAUAGCAUCGCCGGUGACGACUGAGGACGUGUCGCCGCCGCAAAUUGAAAGUGGAAAUAAUAAAAGGGGGAGAGGUCGCCCAAAGAAGUCACUGUCUAUACCACUCAUGGAGGCAGAUAGUAACUCGCAGUUUGUGUCAUGGAAACAGCAAGGCGGCAUGGUCUUCGCUCACGAUUCAGAAACUCGUCAAUCGGAAUCUCUGGAUUCAAACGAGCCGGCCAAUAGUAGAGACGGUGAUUUCAUUGAAGACUUACCACAACGACGCUGGAGCUCCAGAUCUUCCGGUGUUGCCAAAAUUGGCGUUGUCAGACCACAACAAGAGCACCAAAUCAACACCUUCAAAGAAGUACAAAUCGAAGGCGAAAGAGGAGAUCCUCUUCCGAAAAGGAAGAGAGGUCGACCUCGGAAAUCUGUGGCUUCUGAACGAAGCGGAUCCACUUUGGAUGUGAUUUUGCCAGCAAAUUCUCAGUUUAUGUCUAUGGCUGAACGGAUGGCUCUCAAAGGCAAAUCGUUCAAGAUUAGCACGAGGAAAGCCCAAAGCAACGUGAAAGGCCCAAGCCCGGGACAGCAGACGAUGGUACGAGUUGAAGAACGCCUCGUUGAGAAACAGAUAUCCAAGAGAACCCCUGAAACAGAUGAGGUGUAUGAAGAACACGAAGAGGGAGAGAGUGAAAGCCUUUAUGGCAAUGAUCACACCCAGGGGCGCACUAGUAGAACUAGAGAGGCCAGCAAAGCAAGAAUUUGGUCUCGGUCUAGCAGUUCCAGGGAGUCGACAGAUGACGAAGACAUACCAUCCAAUGGUCGCAUUACUAGAAGCAAUCGAUAUUGA